UCUCCGCCUUUGUGUGGAUGUUCAUUGAAGCUGUGCUGCUCUUCAUCUGCGUCAAGAACCUAUCACAGAUCAGCUCCAAAAAGAAGGAGGUGCUUAGCAGUGGGUUCCUGUGUGUGAUUGGAUAUGUGCUUGCUAUGGUUGUGGUGUGUGUGUCUAUUGGGCUGGUUCCAGAAGGAUACGGCAGUGAACAUUGCUGGAUUAAAUAUGAUAAAGGGUUUAUCUGGAGUUUUCUGGGUCCUGUUUGUGUCAUACUAGCACUGAACUUGAUUCUCUUCAUCAGGAUCGUCAUCUACCUGAACUCGGCUCUCUCAAAACUGAACGCUGAAAUUUCACAGUUGAAACAAACCAAGUAAUGAAUGUGAUUCAUUUUUAACAA